AUGAGUUCAAAAGAUGACCAAGAUCAGAGACAGCGUAUCAGAGAAAUAUAUCGUUACGAUGAGAUGUCAAAUAAGGUAUUGCAAUCAGAUAAAAAAUUGAUUGAUAAUGCUACAAAGGAUGCAAUUGAAUCACAGCCAAAGUCUAUGGCAGGGAGAAUAAAUCUGAAUGAUAUGGGGAAAAGUGUAGUUUACGAAACCCCAACUGAACCAUUACAAAAUCCUGAUUCUACAGGUACCGCCAUAGGUAUAGUUAGAGAUGAACCGAUAACAUAUACUAAUACAAGAGGUCAGACUAUUUUGGAUAUGGAUGGGGUUACAAAAAUUAAUUAUUAUCCAACGACAGCAGAGAAUUCCCAGGUGUAUGAAGAGAUACUGGAGUGGGUUACUGAUAUGUUAGGCGAUGAUAUACCUCACGAAACCAUUAUAGAGACAUCAGAUUUGUUGAUAUCAGUAUUAAAGGAAGAUGAAGAGAAUAAAGAUGGGCUGAUACAGAAGAAAAAGAAAAUUGUAGAAGAUGAAUUAUCAUGUCCGAUAGAUACUAUUCAAUUCCAGCGUUUAGUUAAAUUGACAAAUAACCUAACUGAUUAUGGUAUAAACUCUCACGUUGAAGAAGAAAAUAUUGUUCCUGUAAUGGCGUCAGAUGAUGAAGAACAAGAAGAACAAACAAAUUUAAAUAGAAGAGAUGAUGAUCUAACACGCUCUAAUGGACAUUCGCCAACUCUAGCUGACAAUGGAAUGUCGCCUCAUGAUGAUAACAACGGCCAGACGAUACGACACAGUGUAAAUAUUGAUAAUAAACCUGAAGAAAUCAGAAUAGGGUCUGAUAAAUUAGGAUCUGAAAAGAAUAAAAUAUCAAUCUUCACAGUAGAUGAAUUUUAUGUAGAGAGGCUUUUGUUAAAAGAAUUAAAAAGCAUAAACACUGAAAUGGUACCCAAUUUGUCUUCAAAAAUUUUAUUGGCAAUUGAAGGUUCGAGUGAUUCAGAUAAAGAAAUAGAAAAAAAAUUACUAGAAUUGUUAGAUUUUGAUUCUUUGAGUCUUGUUAAUUUCAUUAUACAAAACAAAUAUGAAAUCCUAUGGGGAUGCAAAUUAUCAAAAGCUAAUAAAAUUGAUAAAGAAGAGCUUAUAGACACGAUGAUAGGAAAUGGAUUACAAUAUUUGGUUGACGAAUAUAAGAAUAGAAACUCAGAUACUAACAAAAGGAUAUUCGAAGACAUUAACACUGAACCAGCAAAAAUGGACAUCAAUAAAAAAAAACUAAAAAUUGAAGAUAAUUCAAAUCUUCCAGAUAUUAUUGAUUUAAGUAAGUUGGCUGUAAAUCAGAAUCCAAAAACACUUUCUUCUCAAAAGAUUUCAUUACCAGCAGGAUCAUUCAAAAGAGUAAAGCCUAGUUACGAAGAAAUACAUAUACCUCCUCCUGAUAAACCAGACUUCCACCAUGAUUUGGUUGCUAUCUCAGAACUACCUGAUUGGACCCAUGAAGCAUUUCCAUCAGAAGAAAUUCAGCAUCUAAACCUUGUUCAAUCAAAAGUAUUCAAUUCUACAUUUAACACGGAUAAUAAUUUAUUAAUUUGUGCUCCUACUGGAGCAGGUAAGACUAAUAUUGCACUGUUAGCAAUCCUUAGAGGGCUAUCCUUAUUACGUGAUGAUAUCACAUCAAAAUUGAAUAUAAAUAGAUUUAAGGCUAUAUAUAUUGCUCCUUUAAAGGCAUUGGUUCAAGAGCAAGUUCGAGAAUUUCAGCGUAGAUUAUCUCCAUUUGGUAUAAAAGUUUCAGAACUUACUGGUGAUUCUAAUUUAACUAGCCAACAAAUUUCGGAAACUCACAUACUAGUUUCAACUCCAGAAAAGUGGGAUAUCAUUACAAGAAAAUCAAAUGAAUUGACUUUUGUAAAAACUGUAGAUUUGGUUAUUAUAGAUGAAGUUCAUCUGUUGAAUGAUACCAGGGGACCCGUUCUAGAAUCGAUUGUUGCUCGAGCUCAUUUAUCUACAAACCCCAGUGAAAGACCGAGAAUUGUUGCGUUAUCGGCAACCUUGCCAAACUAUAAAGAUGUAGCAAGAUUUCUUCGUGUUCCGGAUGAUGGUCUGUUCUACUUUGACAGUUCAUAUAGGCCUUGUCCAUUAAGUCAACAAUUCUGUGGUAUCACAGAAAGGAAUGCUUUGAAAAAAUUGAAUGCCAUAAAUGAAGCAUGUUACGAUAAAGUAUUGGAAUCUGUAUCAGAAGGACAUCAGGUAAUUAUUUUUGUUCAUUCCAGAAAAGAUACAAUUAGAACAGCUCAAUAUUUGAAGACCAGAUUUAGUAAUGAAAAUAAUUUGAGUAAAAUUAUUAAAUCUGAAAAUGGUAUUAAAGAAAUACUAAAACGUGAAUCUGAAAAUGGUAUUAAAGAAAUACUAAAACGUGAAUCUGAAAAUGUAAAUAACUCCAGUCUUCAAACUUUAAUAUCUCACGGUAUUGGUAUUCAUCAUGCUGGUCUUAAUCGAAAUGAUAGAUCUUUGUCAGAGGAUCUAUUUGCAGAUGGUUUAUUGCAGGUUUUGGUAUCGACAGCAACUUUAGCUUGGGGUGUGAAUUUGCCUGCACAUACAGUUAUAAUCAAAGGUACUGAUGUAUAUUCUCCAGAGAAGGGUUCUUGGGUACAGUUAUCUUCCCAAGAUAUAUUACAAAUGCUGGGAAGAGCAGGUCGACCUCGUUAUGACACACAUGGUGAAGGUGUUAUCAUAACGGCUCAAAGCGAUGUUCAAUAUUAUUUAGCAAUAUUAAAUCAGCAGCUUCCAAUUGAAUCACAGUUUAUCUCAAGCUUAAUCGAUAGUUUAAAUGCCGAAAUUGUCUCAGGAAAUGUUAAAAAUAGAGAUGAUGCCAGAAAAUGGUUAAGUCUGACGUAUUUAUAUGUCAGAAUGCUAGUUUCUCCAGAGCAACAUAAUGUUCCAGAAGGCUCAAAGUUAUUGGAUAGAGGCUCUUAUUUGGAUUCACUAGUCCAUUCGGCACUUCUAAUUUUACAUGAUAGAAAUCUUUCUACUUAUGAUGCAAUUGAAGAUCGAGUUGAAUCAACGGAACUUGGUAAGAUUGCAUCAAGAUUUUAUAUCAAAUACAAUUCAAUGUCUGUAUAUUGUGAUAAUUUGAAUGAAAAUUCGACUUUGUUUGACAUUUUUAAGAUAUUUUCAAUGUCUGAAGAAUUUAAGUACCUUUCUGUAAGACAGGAAGAAAGAAAAGAAUUAAAAGAAUUGACAGAAAAAUGUCCUAUUCCGAUUAGCAAAGAUACUGAGGAUCAUCUGUUUAAGGUAAACAUAUUGUUACAAUCCUAUAUUUCAAGGUUGAAUUUUGAAGGGUUUGCCCUAAAUGCAGAUAUGAUCUUUAUUACCCAAAAUGCAGGAAGAUUAUUAAAUUCAAUGAAAGAAAUUUGUCUUAAAAAAAGAUGGUCAAAGCCUACGAAGCUGCUCUUGGAUCUUUGUAAAGCUGUGGAUAGAAGAAUGUGGGUAACAAAUUCUCCAUUGAGACAGUUUUCAAGUUGUCCUGUAGAAGUUAUCAGGAAAGCUGAAGCUUCCUCCUUACCAUGGGUUGACUAUAUGAAAUUAGACUCCCCAUCUUCUGUAGGAAAAGCAAUUAGAUCGGAAAAGUAUGCAAAAACAGUCUAUGAUUUAUUGAAAAGGUUUCCAUCGUUGACUAGUUCUUGUACCAUACAACCAAUAACUUCAACCUUGCUAAGUUUUGAAUUGGAAAUCAUCCCUGGAUGGAUCUGGGAUAACAGGUAUCAUAGUCCAAUAGAAUCAUUUACUAUACUUGUAGAAGAUACGAAUGGUGACAACAUUCUUUAUUCUACAAAUAUAUUGAUACAUAAAGACUAUAUUAAUCAAGAGCAUAUUGUGAACUUUUAUAUUCAACUAAAUUCAUCUGAGCAAAGAACAUUGCCACCAAAUUAUUUUAUAACAAUUAUCUCUGAUCGAUGGCUAAAUUCUAAAGAGCAAAUUGUGGCAUCUUUCCAUGAUCUACGAAUUCCAAGAAAGUUUCCUCAACCCACCCAAUUGAUAAAUAUGUCACCAGUCUCUACCUCUAGUUUGGAAAAUGAGGAAUUCAUGAAUACAUUUGAUUUUAGUUCCUUUAAUAAGUUCAUUACACCACUUUUUGAAAUUAUUUAUAAUUCGAACGAAAAUAUGUUGCUAUGUUGUGCAAAAGCAUCAGGUAAGACUACGGCUGCUGAGCUGGCUUUACUGAACCACUGGAGACAAAAUAAAGGAAGAGCUGUGUAUAUUAAUCCUGUGCAACAAUCCAUUGAUAACUUAUUGGUUUCUUGGAAUGGAAAAUUUUCAGACAUUGCUGGGGGGAAGUUGAUUAAUAAGCUAACUAAUGAUAAUAGUAUUAAUUUAAAGGUUUUGGCACAGAGUCACCUAAUUUUGGCAACACCAUCUCAAUUCAUCAACCUUUCAAGAAGAUGGAGGCAAAGAAAAAAUAUUCAGAGUAUAGAGUUAGUUAUUUAUGAUAAUGCUCAAAGGGUAUCCGAUCCUGCUAUUGGACCAUCAUACGAAUGUCUAAUUUCUCAAAUGAAUUUAAUGUCAUCGCAAUUAGAAAAAGAUUUAAGAAUAGUUGGUCUUUCAUCCUGUAUAGCAAAUGCAAGAGAUUUUGGUGAUUGGAUGGGGGUUAACAAGAAGUAUAUCUUUAAUUACUCUCCAUUGGAACAAAUAUAUCCUGUUGAUAUUCAUCUUGAUGGGUAUGAUGAUGUUAGAGGCUCCUCUUAUUCUAAUCUAAUGUUGAAGAAGGCAUGCAAUUAUGUUUAUAAUGAAAGUAUAAAAAGUAAAUCUACUAUUAUGUUUGUCUCAACAAGAACAGAUUGUAUUGGAGUUAGUAAAGAACUGAUAUCAUUAAUAGAAGAUGGAAAAUAUGGAUCUUUCUCCAAUGGAUUAAAUAAGUCCAAUAAUGAAAUUGAAAAACUUCAGAAUAAAAAUUUAAAAUCUACUUUAGAAAGAGGUAUUGGGUUGAUAUACGAAGGAAUUUCUCCUGUGGACCUUGAUAUCAUUUUUAAUUUAUUUGAGGCCCAAUUGUUAAAAGUGUUGGUGCUGACAAAAGAAUACUGCUAUGAUUUUCCCAAGUCUGAUAAUAUUGUUGUUUUGGGAACAAAAUAUUACGAUGAAAAGGAACACAGAUACCGCAAUUAUACUUCAGAUAUGUUAAAUGAAAUGAUUGCAAUUUCAUUUGCUAAGAACAACUCGAAACAUGUUGGGAAUAUACAUAUUAUGACUGAUACUAAUAUGAAGUUUUUUUACAAGAAGUUCAUAGAAGAGGCAUUGCCAAUCGAAAGCAAUCUAUUGUAUUUCUUACACGAUUUCAUUAUUGAUGGUAUAUUUUCUGGUAUAGUUGAAAAUAAACAAGAUUGUGUUGAUUUGAUUACUUAUUCCCUAUUCUAUAGGAGAAUUCAUGCCAAUCCAAGUUAUUAUGGUGUUGUUGACACAUCACCACUUGGUAUUUCGCAAUAUCUUUCUCAAUUAGUGGAGAAUAUUGUCACUGAACUUGAAAGUUCUUCUAUUGUUGAGAUCGAAAAUAAUCAAGAAAGUUCAACUGAUCCUGAACAAACAGAAACUAUCUCUCCGAUAAACGGUGCCCUCAUUUGUGUUCAGUAUAAUAUAUCAUAUUUAUCCUUUUCACAUUUCGUGUCCAAGCUUUCCCAAAGAACAACAAUGAAAGAAAUUUUAGAGAUCUUAUCAGGUGCUAUUGAAUUUGAUUUCAUACCUGUAAGACGGGGUGAACUUUCAUACUUGUAUAAAUUGCAAAAAAUAUUACCUUAUAAGUUUCCUGAAAAUGGUGAGCUAAAUGUAUUAAAAUUUAAAGUAUUUUUAUUAUUACAGGCUUAUUUUUCAAGAGUUAAAUUGACGGCUGAUCAUCAAUACGAUUUAAAUAGCAUUUUGUUAGUUGUUCUUCCAUUGAUUAACGCUGUAGUGGAUAUAUUAUCAAGUGAUGGCUGUCUAAAUGCUACGACGGCAAUGGAUUUAUCACAGAUGGUAGUACAAGGGGUUUGGGAUACAGACAGUCCAUUAAAACAAAUACCAUUUUUUGAUGAAUCUAUAUUAAAGACAUGUGCAAUUAAAAAUAUUGAUACUGUUUAUGAUAUUAUGGCGCUUGAGGAUGAAGAAAGGGAGGAAAUCAUGACUAUGGAAGAGAAGCAAUUAAUAAAAAUCGCAGAAUUUGUCAAUAAUUAUCCAAAUAUCGAAUUAGAGUAUUCUCUGAAGGAUGCUAACUCUAUUAAGGUAGAUGAUGAUGUAACUAUUACUGUAACGGUUAAUAGAGAUGAAGAUCCAGAAACAUUAAAUGUCACCUCUGAGAAGUAUCCAUAUGGUAAACUGGAAAAUUGGUGGGUUGUCUUGGGAGAAGUCUCUACUCGAGAAUUGUUGGCUAUAAAAAGAAUAAGUUUAUCGAAGGAAACACAAUCUUAUGAUUUACAAUUCACAGUAAAUACUGAAGGAGAGCAUAAAUUGUCAUUAUGGUGUGUUUGUGAUUCGUACUUAGAUGCAGAUAAAGAAGUUUCAUUUGAACUUAACGUGAAAAGUUGA